GUAUGAGUUGUAAAAUAUGAAUAAUGAAUCAGAAUUGCUUGAUUCUGUAAUCUAAGCUUUACCACUUUCUAGUCAUCAAUUUCUUGUCCCUUUUUCCAAAGUAACCAACCUUACCUUUCUAUACACCUCCUUUUCCUAUUAUAAUUAGCUCCAUUAUCCAUGUGCAUCUAUAUAUUUGCAAAAACCACAAACCAUAGAGCCAUUGAAAGAGAUCAAGACACACACACACACAAAGAGUGAGUGAAGAUGUCAGAUUGGGGGCCAGUUUUUGUGUCAGUGGUGCUCUUCAUUCUCUUGACUCCUGGUUUGCUUGUCCAAAUACCUGGUAAAGGCAAGAUGGUUGAGUUUGGCAACUUUCAAACUAGUGGAUUAUCCAUACUCAUUCAUUCCAUCUUGUAUUUUGCUCUAGUUUGUAUUUUCUUUUUAGCUAUUAGAAUCCACAUGUACAUGGGGUAAAUGAUUAUCUCACUAUAUACAUAUUUAAUUAUGUAUACAAAGAUUAUGCAUUGCUUUAUAUCUUAUGGUUUGAUGAACUUUGAAUUGUGGGGAUUGUUUUUGUUUAUGUUAGGUCUUGUAAUUGUAAUUAACUAGUAGUCUUUGGUCACAACUCUUAAUGUACUGGUUAAUUCAUGAAAUGAAAGUUUUUUAUUAAAGAUUA